AUGUCUAACGUAGGUUUACAAGUCAGACAAGCUGUUCCAUCGAUAGAUCCAGUGGUCGCAGACUACGCAGUUGGUUAUAUCCAACAUGUUUCGAAUUCAACAGAAGAUAUCGUUUUGGCUCAACAAAUCAGUAUUGAUAAAGAAAUGGAUUUCAUUAAACAAUUAUUAAUUAAUGCUGGUGGAUCUAAUGAAAAAGUAUCAAACUUAACUAAAACAGUUUCAGAACAAUUGAAUACCAAAUUAACUAAUAAUAUGGAAAAAUUGGCCAUUACUGGAGAUACUUCCAAAAGAUUAUUGGAUAUUAAUAUUUUACAAAAUAGUUCUAAAAGAGAUAUCCAUUCUUCAUUAGCAUUACUUUCUGCAAGUAAUGAUAUUGAACAUACGGGUAGAAAAAUGGAAAGUAGAGUUGAUAAAAAGAAAUUGGAGAAACAAGAACGUAAAAUUGCUAAAAAAGUUGCAAAGAGAAAUAAUCAAUUUGUUCAAUAUGAAGCAUCUAAAUUAUUAAAUGAAAAGAAAGAUGAUGAUUAUGAUUCAUUCUUCCUUGAAAUCAAUCCCCUUGACUUUGGUUCCAGUGCUGGGAAAUCAAAAGAUAUCAAAAUUGAUAAUUUCGAUCUUUAUGUUGGUGAUGGUCAAAGAAUCUUAAGUGAUGCUUCAUUAACUUUAGCAUAUGGUAGAAGAUAUGGUUUAGUCGGUCAAAAUGGUAUUGGUAAAUCCACCCUUUUAAGAGCAUUAUCAAGAAGAGAAUUACUGGUACCUAAACAUAUUACGAUUUUACAUGUUGAACAAGAAAUUCGUGGGGAUGAUACCCCAGCAUUACAAAGUGUUUUGGAUGCAGAUGUUUGGAGAAAGAGUUUACUUCAAGAAGAAUCCAAGAUAAAUGAAAGAAUUGCCGAACUUGAAAAAUUAAGAGAAGAAUUUGAUGAAGAAUCAAAUGAAGUUAAAAAAUUAGAUAAUGAAAGAGAAGAUUUAGAUGCUCAUUUACAAGAAGUUAAUGAUAAAUUAAAUGAAAUGGAAUCUGAUAAAGCAGAAAGUAGAGCUGCUGGUAUUUUAUAUGGAUUGGGUUUUACUAGAGAAACUCAAUACUUACCAACAAAACAAUUCUCUGGGGGUUGGAGAAUGAGAUUAUCACUUGCUAGAGCUUUAUUCUGUCAACCUGAUUUAUUAUUAUUGGAUGAACCUUCCAAUAUGUUGGAUGUUCCCUCCAUUACAUUCUUGGCAAGAUAUUUACAAACCUAUAAAUCUACCGUUUUGGUUGUUUCCCAUGAUCGUGCAUUCUUAAAUGAAGUUGCAACCGAUAUCAUUCACCAACAUUCUGAACGUUUGGAUUAUUAUCGUGGUUCUAACUUUGAUUCCUUCUACGCUACCAGAGAAGAAAGAAUCAAAAAUCAACGUCGUGAAUAUGAAAAUCAAAUGGCGGUUAGAAAACAUUUACAAGAAUUUAUUGAUAAAUAUAGAUAUAAUGCUGCAAAAGCACAAGAAGCACAAUCACGUAUUAAGAAAUUGGAGAAAUUACCAGUAUUGGAACCACCUGAAGAUGAUAAAAUUGUUACAUUUAGAUGGCCAGAACCUGAUAAGUUAUCUCCACCAAUAUUACAAACUCAAGAUGUUACAUUUGGUUACACACCUGAUAAAAUAUUAAUUCGUAAUGUUAAUUUAGAUAUUCAAAUGGAUUCAAGAAUUGCAUUCGUAGGUGGUAAUGGUACUGGUAAAACCACAUUAUUAAAACUUUUAAUGGAACAAUUAAAACCAACAAGUGGGUUUAUUUCCAGAAAUGGUAGAGUAAGAAUUGGUUAUUUUGCCCAACAUCAUGUUGAUGCCAUGGAUCUUACACUUUCUGCCGUAUCUUGGAUGUCUACUGCAUUCCCAGGUAAGACAGAUGAAGAAUAUAGACGUCAUUUAGGUUCAUUUGGAAUAACUGGUUCUCUUGGUUUACAAAAAAUGCAAUUAUUAUCCGGGGGUCAAAAAUCGAGAGUUGCAUUUGCCGCAUUGUGUCUUAAUACUCCACAUGUAUUGAUUCUUGAUGAACCUUCGAAUCAUUUGGAUACUCAAGGGUUAGAUGCUCUUGCAGAUGCAUUGAAUAAUUUCAAGGGUGGGGUAUUGAUGGUUUCUCAUGAUGUUGCUAUUAUUGAUAAAGUAUGUAAUGAAAUUUGGAUUAGUGAAGAUAAUACAGUUAAGAAAUUCCCAGGGAAUAUUUAUGAUUAUAAGAAACAUAUCUUGGAAAGUGCAGAUAUUGCCGGUGUUGUUAGAAAGCAUUAG